AUGUCUACGAAUAGCCGGUCGGAUCGACUUGCUAAAUACUUCACAGCGGUUAUUCAAGGGAAGCAAGAGGUUCGAGAUCUCAACAACUUCAAGAAGCUCAUAGAGGCUAUCUUGGACAAUAAAGACUCAUGUCUAAACAUUGAAAGGCUAGUCACCAGUCAAAGUGCCCUUGAUGGCCUUCGAAAUGGUUUGAGGUUCAACCUCACACCCGCCUUCAUCAACAAUUACACAGCCAAAUUCAUCGAUGUUCUGCGAAACCCUGAGAUAAAGCUUUUAUGCAACGGUCUUUUCCUUCAACAACUUCUUCUUAUCAUACUGGAGCCCCGAACUCUCUGGAUCUCACUUUUGGAUGCCUUUUCCACCCGAAAACUGGACCAAGAUGCGAUUCAAACCCUCUGCUGGUUGACCACAGAGCUCCUGUCAUUACCAGUUUCAUACGCGGUAGAUAUUACUACUGACACUCAAUCUCUUUUGAGCGAUGGGUAUCUUCUGGAGUCUUCUUCAGUUCCACUCCGGAAUCUGGGACACAAGAUGAAGUAUCUCCUGGAUAUGAAAUCUUCUGCAUCGACCCUCCUCGUAUCUGAAGACACAGCAGGCAGUCGCCAUGAUAACGACUUCGCGGAUUUUCGUCAAAUAGCUAUCUUUCCUACGACGGAUGAGAUGGGCUGUACCGAGAAACCUUUUUAUCGUUCUGUGGAUGAAAUUACUCACCUGGCUGGCAGCGAACGCAUCGCAGCGCAUGUGGAUAAUCAAUUCCGGCUUCUACGCGAAGAUAUGCUAUCAGCGCUACGGGACGAUAUUCACGUUGCGACCGGCGCAAAAAAGGGACGACGGUCUGCUUUACGGCUUGGAGGGCUGUCUUUGGCUCGCAUAUCUUGUGUCUCAGAGGAUAGGCAACAGAAGGAACGCCUCCGUCCAUGCACCGUUGGCGUCACUCCCAAGUCAGGCCUAGAAAGGUUGAAGAAGCUUUCCAAAGAAGACGCCAAGAUAUAUCUAAAAAACACGCCUCAAUUUGUCAAACAUCGUGCGUUUGGCUGCUUUUUACGAAAUACAGAAAUCGUGGCAUUUGCUACAAUUGAGAGAAACAUUGAUGAUUUGAUAACUACUCCACCAGUAGUCAUGCUGCGAGUUGAAGGCGCCGAGGCAAUGAAGAAGGCCGCUUUGUUCCUCAAACUCUAUGACGAUGUAGAGUUCUUGGUGGUUGAUACGGCGACUUUCGCGUACGAGCCAAUCUUGAAAUGUCUUCAGGAGAGAGUUGAUUUUCCUCUCGCCGAAGAGUUAUUUCUCUACGAUAUUAACGGGCGAGUCAAGGAAUCUACCCUGGCACCUUGGGAUAUCAUCAACGAUUUGUAUCUGAACUACCGGUCUAACAUUCAAACCGUCCUGAAAACUUCAAUGCCAGUUACUUUGGACCCAUCUCAGCAAUAUGAAGGCCAGGAACUUCGCAGCACCAUCGAGAGUUCAUUUGCAGCAUAUCAGGGCUUGUCAUUGAGCUCUUCAAAGCUUCUCGAGUACCUGGAGUUUGAAGAGCCUGAGUUCUUUGAAGCAUUCGAUAUACCUGAAGAUAAAGAUGGGAUGAGGAUAGUGAACAAGAAAGGGAAACCCAUAGCCAAAACCUAUCUCUACGACCGCUGGGCUAAAGGAAAGUCCCCAAAGCCCUUAACAGCAAACAUAUCAUCGCAAAGCCGCAGCAUAUGGGCCUUGGAGCAGAACAUGCGAGAUGAGAAGAUCCAGUCGUGGAAACGAGCUUUUCUCAAUGAACAAGCCGAAUCUCUCGCGGCAAAGAUGAAACUACUUGAUCAAUGUCAGAAGAAGUUAUCCGCAACCACAGGGGAUAACAUAAGGAAUAUCUUGAAAGGAAAAAAGAUCAUAGGAUGUACGACAACGGCUGCAGCAAUGCAUGCGGAAGAUCUAAAGCAUGUAUCGCCAGGCAUCGUCUUAUUGGAGGAAGCGGGCGAGAUCCUUGAGUCUCACGUUCUUACUGCGAUAUCGCCAAAAACGAAACAUUUGAUACUGAUCGGUGAUCACUUGCAACUCCGCCCAAAGAUCAACAGCUAUGCCCUCAGCACGGAAAGGGGUGAUGGAUAUGACCUGAACGUUUCCCUUUUUGAAAGGUUAAUCCAUGCUGGCUACCCACAUACAACCUUGCAGAAGCAGCAUCGAAUGUGCCCCGAGAUCUCAGCUCUUGUCCGCUCUCUCUCCUACCCCCUGCUGGAAGAUGACGAAAAAACAAAAGGUCGUCCCGAGCCACGAGGAUUAUGCGAUCGCGUAAUCUUUUUCAAUCAUCAGAAUCUUGAAGAAAGUUUUUCAGAGAUCUCCGAUCGACGCGAUGAAGGAGCGAGACAAUCUAAACGGAAUCUUUUCGAGGCAGAGAUUGUUUUGAAGAUUGUUAAAUAUCUUGGACAGCAAGGAUACGGAACAGACAAUCUCGUCAUUCUCACACCAUAUCUUGGUCAACUUUCGCUUCUGCGCGAGACAUUAAGCAAGCAAAGUGAUCCAGUACUAAAUGAUCUAGACUCCUACGAUCUUUUACAGGCAGGGUUACUGUCGCAUGCGAGUGCCAAUCAUCUUAAGCGACCGAUCAAGAUCUCUACAAUUGAUAACUACCAAGGUGAAGAAAGUGAGAUUGUAAUAGCGUCACUUACUCGAAGCAAUAAUAGUGGCGACAUAGGUUUCAUGUCAGCUCCAGAAAGAUUGAACGUGCUUCUCUCUCGUGCCAGAAACAUACUUAUCAUGGUAGGAAAUUCGGAAACAUUCGUCUCUAGCCGUAAAGGUCAGAAGUCUUGGGGGCCUCUCAUCAAUCAGCUCAAGUCUAGUAAUCACCUUUAUGAUGGACUCCCGGUUAAGUGCGAGCAGCACGCUGACAAGACCAGCCUACUCGGGACCAAGGAAGACUUCGAAAGAGAGGCGCCCGAUGGUGGAUGCUCAGCACCGUGUGGCGUCAAACUCAGCUGUGGAGUACAUGAAUGCCCAUCCAAAUGCCAUCAACUCAGUGACCACUCCAAAAUGAAAUGUACCAAGAUCAUCAAAUGGAACUGUCCCCGAGGCCAUACUUUAUCUGUGUCGUGUUCGAUGGCCAAGGGCUCAUGCCGUUUCUGUAAUCAAGAGGACGCCAUGAAGAAACGAAAACAUGAGCGCGAUGCGAAGCUUGAGGCAGAGCGGCAAAGAAAGCAAUCAAUAUACGCCCAGCAGAUUGCUGAGCUCCAGAGCGAAGCGUCACAUUUGAGACGCCUUAAAGGCGAUCAGAUUAUAGAUGCGGAGCGAACAAGAGUUCUUGAACAGCAUCGCGAAGAGAUCAAGCAGCUACAAAGUCCAGUUCAAAUCACAAUCGAAAGGACGAUCGAAGGCGCAGUAAGCGCGGUCAGUAACCAACGCGAUGAAAGUGCCCCCGAAAACGUUCCGAAUCUAGUCAAUUCGAAUUCACGGCCUCUAAUCACCCAAACUACUCGAAAUCCAGGGGCUCAGCCCGUGGCUUUUAGUAACGAUAAGCCGAGGGUGAAUCCCAAGCCCCAGGGGCUAAUACUCAAAAAGCCUCCCUUGCAGCCCGAGGCCGAUUGGGACUACCAAAAAGCAUAUCACAACGCCCAGAGCCCAGAAGUGGAUGCUUUAAUGGGUAUGGUCGGGUUGGAGCUAGUUAAAUCAAAAUUCCUGGCGGUCAAAGCCAAAGUCGAUACCGCCGUGAGACAGAAUGUCGAUUUGAGCAGAGAGAGAUUUGGAACUGUGCUCCUCGGCAACCCCGGAACCGGUAAGACAACAGUCGCUCGAAUUUAUGCGAAAUUUUUGUCAGCAGUUGGAAUUAUCCCAGGAGACAAAUUCAUCGAGACAACAGGAUCUCGACUGUCAAACGAAGGCAUCCCACCAUGCCAGAAGAUGAUUGAGCAGCUGCUUAAAGAUGGUGGAGGCGUUGUUUUUAUUGACGAAGCUUAUCAGAUGGUUCAUGGUGGAAGUUUUAGUGGUGGCCAGGUGCUUGACUUCCUUUUGGCUGAGGUCGAGAAUCUCACCGGCAAGAUUGUGUUCAUUCUUGCUGGAUAUCAACGUCCAAUGGAAAAGUUCUUCGCCCAUAACGAUGGACUACCCAGUCGUUUUCCUCACAGUUUGACGUUCGAGGAUCUCGAUGACACAGAGCUGAUGAUGAUCAUGAAUUGUUGGAUUGAAAAGACAUGGAAGAAGCAGAUGAAAGUUGAUGAUGGACCUGGUGGACUUUAUUGUCGUAUUCUAGCUCGACGAAUUGGGCGUGGACGAGGCCGAGAGGGGUUCGCGAACGCAAGGGCCGUUGAAAAUGCCAUGGCAAAGGUUUCCGAGCGACAAUCCGACCGCUUGACCCAUCAAAGACAGCAGGGAGUUUCAAGCAUCGACGACUUUUAUCUUGAUGGUGAAGACAUCAUCGGCCCAGAUCCUUCUCAAAGUCUUAAAUCGUCAACAUCGUGGCAAAGGCUGCAAGGGAUGAUCGGGCUAGUCGAUGUUAAAAAGACUGUCGAAAGCCUGAUAGACACGAUUCAAUACAACUAUCGUCGGGAGAUAGACGAGCAACCUAUCGUUUGCUACAGCCUCAAUAAGGUCUUUCUUGGAAAUCCUGGAACUGGCAAAACUUCUGUUGCAAAAUUAUAUGGCCAAAUUCUUGUGGAUAUUGGACUUUUAUCAAGCGGGGAAGUUAUCGUAAAGAACCCAUCAGACUUUAUCGGAAGCGUGCUUGGAGAAUCAGAGAAAAACACAAAAGCCAUUCUCGCAGCUACCUUGGGAAAAGUGCUUGUCAUAGACGAAGCCUAUGGUCUUUUUGCCGGGGGGACUUCCGAUGGCACGGGGGCAAAGUCUGACCCAUACAGAAGUUCUGUGGUAGAUACUAUAGUAGCUGAUGUCCAGAGCACACCCGGGGAUGAUCAAUGCGUUCUACUUCUGGGAUACAAGGACGAGAUGGAGCAAAUGUUUCAAAAUGUCAAUCCCGGUCUCAGUCGGCGCUUCCCCCUCGACCAAGCUUUUGUUUUCGAAGACUUCACGGAACAUGAGUUGGAUCAAAUUGUUGACCUUAAACUGACAGAACAAGGAUAUGGAGCCACCGAUCGGGCUCGCCAGGUCAUUCUGGAGAUGCUUGAACGAGCUCGGAACCGACCACACUUUGGGAAUGCAGGUGAAAUUGACAUUCUCCUCAACGCAGCGAAGAUGCAGCAUCAGAGGCGCAUAUCUUCGGAUAAGCCCAAAGGCGGCCCUCUUGAUUCUAUCUUAGAUGCCGCCGAUUUUGAUGAGAACUUUGAUCGUGCGGAAAAGAAUGAAGCGAAUGUUGCAAAGAUGUUUGAGGGAGUAGUAGGCUGUGAACGCAUUAUUUCCAAAUUGGAGGGAUACCAGAGGCUGGUCAAGAGCCUCAAAGGGUUAAACAUGGAUCCUCGUGAACAAGUCCCAUUCAACUUUGUGUUCAGAGGACCUCCGGCUUCGACAGAGGUCAUUGAAGCGUCCGCUACGGAUCUGAUAGGACAAUAUGUCGGACAUUCAGGGCCGAAAACACAAAAGACGCUAGAGCGAGGUCUCGGGAAAAUUCUCUUCAUAGACGAGGCAUAUCGCCUUGCUGAGGGUCAAUUCGCUGAAGAGGCUAUUGUAGAGCUUGUAGACUCGAUCACAAAGCCGAGGUUUUCUCGCAAGUUGAUUAUUAUUUUGGCUGGAUACGAUAAAGACAUUAACCACCUCAUGUUAAUUAACCCCGGUCUCACAAGUCGCUUCCCGGAAUCUCUUCAAUUCGAGUCUUUGUCUCCAAGAGAUUGCAUUGAGUUACUGGGCAAUCUUUUGGAAAGAAACAAGGAAGAUAUUCUCAGAAGGUCAGGAAAGAACUUCGAUAUCACCUGUCUGUACGCAGCAGCUUCUGAUCUCAACCAGAAGUUGACAGAUGGGUUUGGUACAUUGUCCAAAACUGCAAGUUGGGCUAGUGCAAGAGACGUCGACACACUGGUGAAGGCCAUAUUCGGGAGGACCAUCAAGGAUCCAGAUUCUUUCCGUGGAUCAAAGCUGGUACUAGGCCAAGAGGCAGUUAUUGAGGAGCUUCAGAAUAUGAUCAACGAGCGCCGCAGUCGAGAGAACUUCCAGAUUAAAAGUUCCGGAAUGGGUCUCAGCCCCCCGGCAAACUUACCAAUUGGUACCCAGCUCCUGGAUCCCCUAGCGAUAAAUAUGGAGACUCGGACCCUGAAAUUGAAUACAGAAUCCAGUGACAAGGUGGACUUGCCGGUAAAGGAUUGCAGCAACCAACAGAGUCCGGUACCUGACCGCGAUUCAGGUGUGACAGAUGGGGAUUGGAAUCAAUUACAGAAAGAUACGGCAGCUUCCGAAAGGGCGGAGAAAGAGUACUUGGAUAUGGUACAACAAGGGGAGGAGCAUAUAAGGGAAUUUAUAAGACUUAAGGAAGAGGAGGAUAAAGCGGCCCAGUCGGUGGAAGAGGCGAGGCGACAGCAAAAAGAGCUGUUGAAGGCGCGCCUUGAACAAGAACGAUUACAACGUGAAAUUGAACGUAGGAAGCAGGAGGAAAUUGUUCGAAAACUUGAGAUCAAGCGACAAGCCGAAGCGGACUUUCGCCGCAGGGAGCAAGCGACUCAGGUUAAGCUUCGGAGCAUGGGAGUGUGUGAUCAAGGUUUUCGGUGGAUCAAACAAUCUGGCGGAUAUCGAUGUGCAGGAGGCAGUCAUUGGGUGUCAGAUGCCGAACUUCAGUGA